UAGUUUUCUUUACAUUGUUCAAAGCUCUACUUGUGUAACCUUUUAGUUUGUGUUUAUUCUAAACUGUUCUCCAAUUGAAAAGUUUGAUUUGGCAUUAGGACUAUCUUCGUACUCGCCAUAUCCUGGUCUUAUUUCUUUGAAAUGAAGAUUACUUGGUCUACGAUUAUUGCAUCGUCAACUUUAACAUAGCCAUUGGAAACAAUAUGCGAGUUUUGGUACUACUUCCACUUUUAGUGGCCGCUGCUUUGUCGGCCCCACAGUAUGGCGGUCAACAAGUGCCGAUCACCAGAGAUCAAUGGGCCUCUCUAAAUCCAUAUGGCUCAGUUGCUUCAUAUCCAGCAAAUGAAUAUUCGGCAAUUAAAGAGUUGGAGAUGCAAUGGGCACGUUUUUACGAUUAUCUUCCAUGGUUGAGAGGACCUGCAGGACCUUCCGGGCCUGUGGGACCAGCAGGAUCACCUGGUGCCCCUGGAACCAGUGGAUCUUAUGGUUAUCAACCUGAGCUCAUUCCUGGUCCUCCUGGAGCACCUGGAGCACCAGGGCCGGCAGGACCUAAGGGGGAUACAGGUGCAUCAGGAUCUCCUGGCUAUUCUGGAGCACCUGGACCACAAGGAGUUGCCGGUAAACCAGGAGCACCUGGCUAUCCUGGAGAGAAAGGAACCCCAGGAUACAAUGGUGCGCCUGGAGCUCCUGGUAAACCAGGCUCCAAUGGAGAGAAGGGAGCAUCUGGCUACAAUGGCGCACCUGGUCUGUCUGGUAGUCCCGGUCUCCCUGGCAAAGACGGCUACCCAGGAGGACCUGGACCUCAAGGACCAAAGGGUGAUGCUGGUUCCCAAGGUUAUACUAUCCCUUCUCAGAUUCCUGGUCCCCCUGGCGCUCCUGGAAUUCCUGGAAAAGACGGAGCUCCAGGAUACCGUGGUGGUCCUGGACCCGCUGGCCCGGUUGGUCCUUCUGGCCCACAGGGACCUAAUGGAAAACCCGGUGCAAACGGCUAUUCCGGAGGACCUGGUCCUAAGGGUGAAGCCGGACUGAACGGUUUUCCUGGCGCCCCUGGUAAGGACGGAUAUCCUGGUGCACCAAGCAAAGUACCUGGUCCCCCCGGGCCGGUGGGGCCAGCUGGACCUCCUGGUUAUAAUGGCUCACCUGGCAAAGAUGGUUUUCCAGGCGGCCCUGGUGCCCCUGGCAAAGAUGGUUUAGCUGGAACUCCUGGAUAUACAGGUGCACCAGGUGCGCAAGGCAAACCAGGUAAAGAUGGUCUCCCUGGCCCUGCUGGAACUCCUGGCUAUCCUGGUGGACCAGGGCCAGCUGGACCACAAGGUAAAACAGGCCCUACUGGUUACCCUGGUGGCCCAGGUCCAGUUGGACCUGUCGGACCUCAAGGCCCAGCUGGUUCGCAAGGCAAACCGGGUGCUAAUGGUUUUCCCGGUGGUCCUGGACCUGUUGGGCCAGUUGGUCCCGUUGGACCAGUUGGUCCUCAAGGCAAACCAGGCUCUCCUGGUUACCCAGGUCCCAUUGGACCUCAAGGACCAGCUGGCGGCUCUGGAAAAUCUUAUCAAGCUUUCGCCUACAAUACGCAAGUGCCGAUCUAUGGACCUCCUCGUCAUGGCUAUUAAUGUCAGGGACAUAAACAAUUGAAUAUCUAUAAUUUUAUAUCUAUUUUGCUAUAAAGACAUAUACGUAAGUAAAUACAGGAAACCAUUUGACGCA